AUGGCGAAUUACAGUGAAGAUUUGAAUGACUAUUUAAAGAUUUCUCCAGUCAGGACACCUGUGGUCAGAAAACUGCACGAUAGGAAGCAAAUUGAGCAGAGAAAGGAUGAUCCUGAAAUAAAGGAUGAUACAUUAUAUGAUAAUAAAAAGGAGUCAAAGAGAGUGAAGAGUGAGAGCUCGGAGGAGAAUGAUUCCCCUGUAGACGAACACUCGAAUAUCAAGUCAGUAACUGAGAAUAAUAGAUACACUAGCCAGUCAGAGCCAGGUUCAUCAAGAAUUCCAGCGAAUUUGGAUGUAACCAUUCCAGUGACUGAUACUGAAAGUCCAGCGAUGUCCACCGUGACAGACCACACGCCUUUUCAUUUUGAUCUAUCUAAUUACGUAUACUAUCCAUCAUGGUUGUCUACUUCCGCGCCUGUAAAACGUACUGAGGCUAGUACCAUAGAUCCCUGGUUUAAAAAGUCGAGGUUCAGUCGUCGGAACAACAGGUACGGAGAUAAUAGUAGAGAGAAUGUCGACGGUGUGGCGGAAGCCACGAAUGUGGAGAAUGAAGAGUCGCACGAAACACCUGACGAGAGUCAUGGGGCCGAGGAACAGGAACAUCAGAGUGACGAGUAUGUUCAGGACGAUCAACACGUGACAGAGGGUAGGAAGGGUUAUUUAAAUAGUAAUAAGCAUAAUCAGGAUGAUAAGAAGGUGCAUGACUCUUCGAGCGAGGGUUCGCACGAUAAUGAGAGUCAGCAGACUGCAGUGAGUGGCGACGCGAAAGGGAAGGGUGGCCCGGUGAAAUUUGAGGAGGGUGGCAGCUCGGAACGGAAGGAAGAACAUCGCGAGACUGACGGUGAGAAAGGGGAGAAGGGGUACAAAAGCUGGCACGAGCACGAGAAAGCCAAUAAGGGACACCACGACAAAGAGCGUCACAGCAAUUAUUUCGACGAGGAGGACGGGAAAAAGAAGGAGGAGGAAGAAGAGGGUGGAUACCACGAGGAGUAUGAAAAGGGCGAGAAGGGCGGGAAAGAGAGCGAGUUCGAUGAGAAGGGCAAGCAUCAGAAGGGCUACAGCACCAAGGGGGAGCACUCUGUGCACAAAAAGGACGAGUUCGAAAAACGGACAGAGUUUUUCGACGAGUUCCACGAGGACGGGGAAACGGAGAACGACGGCGAAUCCCAUCACGAGCACAAAUCAUCCAAAGGCGGUCAUCAUAAAAUGGGUCAUCAUAAAGAAGGCGAGGACGAAGGGAAGUAUGGCAAAGAACAGAAACACGCAAAGGGUGGUCAUCACCACGAGGACAAAGGUCACGAUGUUAAGGAAGGCCAGGAGGACCAUCACGAACACAAACAUAUGUAUGGAAAGAAGCAUGACCAGCGGCAUGGGAAAAAAUGGGGUUACAAAGAGGGUGAUCAUGGUAAUGCUGGUAAAAAGGAGUGAACAUUAAAAAUCCUGUCAGUUAUAUGUAUAGUUUGUUAUAAUUAGUAAUUACGAACAUUAUCAUAAUUGACUGACAAUAAAUACUCCUAAUCGACCAUUCAUAAUUAGACUGCGGAUUUAUAUGCAAAAUGAAAGAUUCAAUGGAAUCAGUUUAAAAAAUACAUUCUAAAUAGACAUUAGUUUUACCAUGUAUCAUUUUUUCUUAACGUGGCAAAUAUUCUCUAUACUCACUGCCGAUACAGUUUUUCAAUGAACGCAUAAAAUCCGCAGUCUAUUAAUUACUAAUUACGGGCAGAGAAACAUCCUACUAGAAAGCCUUAUUCUUUUGUAAAUACCAGCAACUUUAGUUUUACGUUCGUUCUGUACUUUUCAUGUUUA